AUGCGAUUCUUCCCCCGCGCUGUUCAGUUGUCCACUCAGCAUCCAGCCGGUGGUGAAUGCACAGGACCAGCUGCUGUGGCCUUCAUGAGCUACACCAACAUGGCAGACAUGUUAGAACCUACCUUCUUCAACACAUUUACUGACACAAAGAAAACCAUUAUGUCCAUGGUGGUGUCAGUAACACUUCCCAAAACCACCAACACAAACCUAACUGAGCCUGUCAACUUCACCCUGAAGCACAUCCAAGAGUUAGACCCUGAAGGCAUUCUCUCCUGUGUGUACUGGAAGACAGACACAUGGCUUGAAGAAGGUUGUAGCAUCGUACAGACUAACAGCACUCACACUGUGUGCUCUUGUGAUCACCUGUCUACCUUUGCUCUCAUCAUGCAGACUGACCCAUGCAGGAGUGACCGCCUCAUGAACGCCCUCUUUGCAGUGGCUAUAAUAGUGGGACUUGUAUUCCUGAGCUUGUCUAUACUGACAUUCACCUUUUAUUCUCGGAACCCUGUGACCAACGCAGCUCUGAUAAACCUGUGCAUAAACCUUCUGCUGUUUCACCUUCUCAGCCUGAUCAAAACUCUUUUCCUGGCCCAUAUACACCCCCUGCAACUGCGUGCAGCACUGGCUGGAGUGCAGUGGUUUUUUUUAAUGUCUGUUUUCGUGUGGAUGUUCAUUGAAGCUGUGCUGCUCUACAUCUUUGUGAAGAACCUGUCAGAGAUCAGAUCAAACCCAGGGGAGGUGCUUAGCUGGAAAUGGUUAACUGUGAUUGGAUUCCUUAUUCCUCUGGGAGUACUGGGCAUGUCUGGUGUACGCUUUCCUAAGGGUUACAUCGAUGAAGAAUGCUGGCUAAAGGAGGACGGAAGAUUGAUCUUUAUUUUUGCAGGUCCUCUUCUUUUCACUGUUACGGUAAGUAUCACAUUUUAUUGA